AUGGGAUCCGGUCGAGAUGAGCUCAAGGAGUCUCCAGAUGUUCAAACGCUGCCUUACGACAAUCUCGUUUCGCGUCUAGCUGAGCAAGACACGACACCAUGGUACCGGAAGCGGAACCUCAGGCUGUUGUACUUAACCAUGCUUCCGACCUGCCUUGCGGUUGAGAUGACGAGUGGGUUUGACGCAUCUAUGCUAAAUGGCCUUCAGGCUGUCGAUGCCUGGCUCGACUUUUUUCACAAUCCGCAUUCGGCGCUCUUAGGUCUCAUGUCGGCGAUGUAUUCCUUGGGAGCAAUUGUGGCCGUCCCAGUCGUCCCACUCAUCACCGACAGACUAGGACGUCGUUAUGCCAUUUUAUUUGGCAGCAUUAUUGAGAUUAUUGGGGCGGUUCUUCAGGCUGCAGCUCAAAAUCUUGCUAUGUUCAUCAUAGCACGGUUCAUUCUAGGACUUGGUAUAGUGUUUGCCAUCGUCGCGGCGACGUCGUUGAUUGGAGAAUUGUCCCAUCCAAAAGAAAGAGCAAUCAUGGGAUCUCUGUUCAAUUCUUGUUACUUCAUUGGUUCCAUCGUCGCAGCUGGAGUUACGCUGGGUACAUUUGCGAUGAAAAAUAACUGGGCCUGGCGCAUUCCGUCUGUACUGCAAAUAAUUCCAAGUUUCCUUCAGGUCGCCUUCAUAUGGUUUCUUCCGGAGUCGCCGCGUUGGCUCAUAUCGAAAGGAAGGAACGAGGAAGCCUUGGCUAUCCUCGUCAAGUAUCAUGCGGAGGGCGAUGCGAAUUCCGAGUUCGUAAAGGCGGAGUAUACCCAAAUUGAGAAGACGCUCGAGUUAGAACUGGAGGGCGCGCGGAUAAGCUGGAGGGAGAUGGUUGCCACAUCGGGGAUGAGGAAGAGGUUGAUUAUCUGUUCUUUCCUCGGCCUAUUCACGCAGUGGAGCGGAAAUGGGUUGACAUCCUACUUCUUGGCGCCCAUUCUGGAGAACAUUGGUAUCACGGACAACCGUACCAAGAAUUUGAUCAACCUCUCCAUGACUUUGUGGGGCUUAGUAAACGCUACGUUCCUCGCUCUGACAGUAUCCCGGUUCCCUCGGCGGAUGAUGUACCUGGCCUGCACGAUAUCUUUACUCCUCGUCUUCACAGCAUGGACUAUCUCGAGCGCAGAAUAUAGUCGCACAGGAAGUAAAGCGUCGUCUCGAGCUGUCCUUGCCUUCAUAUACAUGUACAGCCCGGCGUAUAAUAUUGGGUACAAUGCCUUGACAUACACGUUCUUGGUCGAGCUCUUCCCGUUCCACGUACGAGCGCGAGGCAUCACGGUCUUCCAAUGGUGGGGACGCGCCGCCGGUUUCUUCAAUCAAUUCGUAAAUCCUAUAGGCAUCAAUAACGCCGGUUGGAAGUAUUACAUCAGCUACUGCAUAUGGCUCACCUUUGAAGUCCUCUUUGUGUACUUCGUCUUCCCCGAAACGUCCAAACUCACGAUCGAAGAACUUACCUUCCUUUACGAGGGAAAACAUCGCGAAGAGCAAACGAAAUACAUCGAAAAGGGGAUACACCAAGAGCAAGCGCCAGAUACCCAUAAGGAUGAGUCCAAGGAACGAAUCAGUCAGGUUGAGGAGGUCAACAGUUGA